GGCUGAUCUGGAGACCAGCGCUGUCCGGGAAGCUCAAGACUUCGCACUCGCCUGGUGCGGGCUUCUGCUGCAUCUCUCUCCGCUACCACCACCAUGGGCUUACUCGGCUACUUCUCGUCUUCCAAGGUCAACCUCGUCAAGCCCGACGCGCAGGAUGCCAAGCAGGACGCGGCGGCCCCCAGUGCGCGAUCGGCGGGCAUCGCAGAGUCGUCAGCCGAGGAGAGUAGUGGGAACACCAGCGCGUCGAGCUCGCCAUCUGCCCCCUCUGCCCCCCUCCCAGAGGAACAUGACUCGAAGGCGGACUUUCCCAUCGUCGCUCCAUCUAAGCGAGCUCGCCGCUUCUCCCUCAAGACGCUCUCCUUCUCGCCCUCUCACAAGGCAGCUCUCACCACGGACGAAGAGCACAAGCUCCGAGAAGAUGCCGCAGAGGCGCUGGAACAUCGCGUCUUGAAGCGCACGCAUACUUCUGCUGCUGAUCGUCGCGCUAAGGAGAGCGCGCAUCUCGUCCGCGCCCUCAUCGUCGGACUGGACCCAGUAACGCCUAGCUCACCCAAGGUCACCAAAGCAGUCGCCAAGCCGCAGCUGGGGAAAGUGAAGUCCCAGUUGAUGAAGCCGAAGGAGGCAAACCGCGUCAUCGCACAGCUACGCGCUCUCUCUAGCUCAGAUGCGCAAGCCACGGAGCAUGGCGCGAAGGGCCCCAUUCAUGCUGUUUGUCUGGCACACAGCGAGGAGAAGGAGGACGAGUUGCACUUCUCGAAGCUUGCGCAGGAAGACGAGUCCCCUCCUCUCGAGCUCCCGAACUUCCUGCAGGGCAAUGCGGCCGCUGCAAAGCUGCGCAAUGUUAUCGACGAGAUGCACAUCGUGGACCUGCUGCUUACGCCUGACCUGGGUCUUGGUCAGUCCGGAGACGGGAAGGGCUUGCUCUCGGGCGCCGUCCCGACGGCAGAGACGGUCAUCAAUGGCGUGCAGCAGAUUACGCCCCAGCUCAUGGCGCUUGGCUACGCGACGGGCAGAGCUAUCCUUCCCGACCACGCUGGUGUCUAUCCUCCCACAGACCGGAUCUCCGUACUGACGUACUGGUGGGGGCUCGAGCUGUGCCUGCCGCCGCCGACGCUGUCGUAUCUGGCGAGCGCGAAGUCGGUGUCGGGCCAGCUGGUCAACUUCCUCACCGCGUUGUCACUCGUGAACAACGGCGUGAAAGAGCUUCUUCCAUUCGUUCGCUACAUAUCGCAGUUCAUCGACUUCGAGUUCGAUACUAUCACGAAGCAGAAUCACGGCCAAGGUGUCGUGUGCGCCGCUACUUGGAUCAUGCCCGCGGCCCUGGUUCCUCGCCCGUGGGACUUCCCCGAGAAGCCUGAUGCAACGGUCCCUGCUCAGCCCAUACCCAAGCAUGAGUCACCGAUUCCGGAAGAGCCAGAGGAUGUCCCAGCAGGGCCCGAUAUCCACCAGCCUACGCCCGACAUCAACCAACCUGGUCCCGAGCCCCCUGCUAAGGACUCGCCCUCGCCUGCUCCUCCGGUGACUGUUGCGCCGAUUCCGAUGGCACCGACGCUGGCAUCACAGGUUAUCGCGUUGACGGAAGAGCCGACCUUGACUCCGUCGCCUGUACCUGUAUCGGCGACUGCGUGAUGGGUGUGUACUGCCUCUUGACCUUGCAUACUGGAUCAUCAUGUUCAUGUUCUCGGAUUCCUCUUCGUUCCUUUCUACACGCCCCUUCGCGACUUUACGAUAGAUACACGAACGUUACGAUGUCCCUCCGUCUCCUUGGUGUCUCCCCGGCUUGCAUUGCAUAGUUCUUCCUUCCGCCUCUCUCGUACCUCCUUCCGACUCGGGCCCUUUCAUAAUACCCCCCUUGCACGUAUCAUUAUGCGCUACCUAUAUCUUCGCGAUGUUUGUACCUUCUCGUGGAACAUGUGUCUCCGUAUUCAUAGCUGGAACUUGAACAUAUCGAUAUAGCCUGGCUGUAGUUGGAAUUUGAAGCAGGUUGCGAUAACCUGGCUGCGGCGAUCAUCAGCCACAGUUGUUGCUUGAC